AUGGCCGCUCAAGGUUAUAGAUCAUUAGAGGGAAAACUUGCUAUUAUUACUGGUGCUUCUAGAGGAAUUGGAGCAGCAAUCGCCGAAAACCUCGCCUCCAAAGGCGCCAAUCUUGUCCUAAAUUACACAUCCGAUUCCUCGUCGACUCUCACCGCAGAGCUCUCCAAGAGUCUUGAAGGAAAACACGGCAUCAAAACUCUGAUCGUCCAAGCCGAUGUUUCCGAGAAGUUUGGUGCCGAUAACAUCAUUAGCACCACCAAAUCACACUUCUCGGAUUCCCAAACCGGGGGGUUUCAAAUCGAUAUUCUGGUCAAUAAUGCCGGGGUGUCUAAAAAUACACUCAUUCCAGAAAUCACCAUUGAUGAUUUCCAAUGGCAAUACAAAAUAAAUGUCCUCGGCCCCCUCCUCCUCUUACAAGCCGCCCUAGACUAUCUCCCCCACGAUCGAUCCGGCCGCAUCAUAAAUCUAUCCUCCGUAUCCAGUUCUCAGGGAUAUGUUGGACAAACCGUUUAUGGCGGUACGAAAGCCGCCGUAGAUGCCAUGACACGAACCUGGGCACGGGAAUUGAACAAUCGCGCAACAGUGAAUUCGGUAAACCCUGGACCCGUCAAGACAGAUAUGUGGGCCAGUACCACGGCGGAGUUUAAGAAAGGGUUGAAGCCCUUCAUUGAGAUCACGCCGGGGAGCGAAAUCCGACCGGAGGUGGAUGAUCAGGAUUUGAUAGAUGAUGCGCCAAAUUCGGGAGGAAGACCGGCGUAUACUUCUGAGAUUGCGGGAAUUGUGGGCAUGUUGUGCACGAGUGAUAGUGCUUGGUGUACUGGACAAGUUGUGUGUGCAAAUGGUGGAAUGGUCUUUAAUUAG